UGGACAUGGUGAAUAUUGUUGUCUUACUUCAACAGCCAUUAAUAUGAUUAUUGGAUUUUAGGAUGUGGGUUUUGUGUUUCAUCUCGAUUGUAGUCGCCAGCCGAUACGUUUUAGUUGUUUCAGGCGACUAUAUUUGUAUCUGUAGCAAUGGACAAAGAAAUGACAUUUGUGAUUCGAUGUCAGCAAACACAACUAUAGUUGGUCAUCUAGAGAACAAUAGCUGCGCUAUUCAGGCAAACUACGUUUUGGACAAAAGAACCAAAGCUUGGUAUGCCAUCAUAUUCCACGAUCAAGUACGUUUUGUGCAUAAAGGCUCCUUCACAGAAUUGCGACGUUGUAUUGGGAAUCAGUUAGGACACAGUGGUACACCACCAACAAUGACCGAUGCGGCUACCGCAUCUUCACCAUCAAUGUCUACAACUGUAACUACGGUUACCACAUCUGCCCCAACAAUGUAUACAACUGCAAUGGCGAUUACCCUAUCUGCACCAACACUGUCUUCAACGUCAACUGCUGUAACCAAAUCUGCGCAAACAAUGUCUACAACAGCAGCUUCCACUCAUAGUGUUCACUACGGCUGCGCAUCCGCUGUUUUCUCGCAUGCUGCUUCGCACCAUGGAAAAUUGUUCAACAUUCGUCAGACAUGCUACGAGCUUGUAACGGUUAAUAAGUCUUGGUCCAGCGCUGAAAGUGACUGCAAAAGUCGUGGCGGACAUUUAGUCCACAUUGCGAACGACGAACAACAGAAUACAAUCUACCAGGUCGUCAGACAAUAUCAUGAUGAAAAUGUCUGGAUUGGGCUUAACGAUAAGAUAAGAGAAGGACACUUUGUUUGGUCUUCAGGAGAUCCUGUAAACUAUACGCACUGGUACCCUGGUCGGAUUGCGUCAACACAUCAAAGCGAUGAAGAUUGUGUAGCCAUUUGGAUAGCCCAUGGUGGACAAUGGGAGGAUGUGCUUUGUAGUGGAUCCCACGCCAUAAACCUCGGAUACGUUUGUGAAUUCGAUUCUGUCGAUGGUGCAGCAACAACUAUAAAUCCAGAUGCUUUGAUAAACACGGAUGGUAACACACAGUCAUGUCCUCACAGAACUACCGCAAUUGUUGCACAAUUUGGUAAAAGUUGUUACGCUUUGUACCGCAACCUCGAGGUUUGGAGUAAAGCUGAGCAGACCUGUAAACAGAGUGGAGGUCAUCUUGUGCACAUCAACGACGACCCAGAGCAGCAAUUCAUAGAGGGUUUCAUGAGGAGACACAAUCAAAUGACACCAGCAUGGAUUGGACUCAGUGACACAUCUGUUGAGGGACGGUUUGUGUGGACGGACGGUGUGUCGGCCUCCUACACGAACUGGUUGCCAGGACACGUGACACACGGAAAUACCGAGGACUGUGUGGCGCUGUUGCCUAACAGCAAUGGAACCUGGGACGAUUUCAGAUGUGAACGAAUUAGUUUGUUUAGCACACUUGGCGAUCACCACCAUCCCUUGUGCGAAUAUGCACAUACCAUUGCGUCGGUGCUGGUUGGCUGA